GUGCAUGUAUGCGGGAAUAUUUGGAAUAACGCAUGACAGUGAAAUUGCAAAUAAUAACUUUCAUUUCGAGCGCCGUUCGCGUAAUCAACUUAAAGUUUCUAGCGAGGAGCGAGAGUAUAUAAAUCAGCGAAAAAGGCUGGAAUUACGCUGGGGAUUUGACGUCGACGAAUAUUUGGAAAAAUACGGGUAUCUACGGACUAUACCGAGAGAGAUUUCAAACAGAAAGAUCCAGGUCCACUCGAAGCUAGACCGCAAACAUGCCAUCAGGCUAUAUCAAGAGUUCUUUGGUCUCAAAUCGACUGGGGGAUUAAAUAAAAAGACGGUUAAAGUAAUGAAAGAACCGCGCUGUGCAUUUCCGGACCAGAGAGAGGAUGAUCCAUACUCCCCUGUUAGAAAUUUCCAUUUUUACAGAUAUUACCCAAGAUGGCGGCGGUCUAUAUUAACCUGGAGAGUCAGUAAAUACACAAAAAAGAUAUCGCCAUUAGGUCUAUGGAAGACGUUGAAGAAGGCUUUCAACACCUGGUCCUCGGUCACAGGGCUGCGCUUCCUGUACACGAGACAGACGCCCGACAUCCAGAUCGACUUCGAGCACGGAAACCAUGGUGACGGUGCGGGUCUGGCCUUUGAUGACAAAGGAGGGGUCGUCGGUCACGCGUUCGGGCCCGGUACGUACACGAUAUCCGCUGACAUUCACCUGGACACUGACGAAGACUGGACCCUAGACGUGGACCCUAAAUCAGGCGUCAACCUUCUGGGGGUGGCCAUUCAUGAAAUAGGACACGCCCUAGGUUUGGUACAUUCCCGGGACCCUCGCUCUGUCAUGUAUCCCGCAUUUGUGAGGACAAACCUCGAUCUUAGUCAGGAGGACAUAGAAAACGCGCAGAUCUUGUACGGGCCUAACCCCGAGGUAAAGGACCCUCCAUUACCCGCCAAGGAGCUCACAACGGUCGCCCCAAAGGCGUGUGAAAUCAACAUGGAUGAUAUCGAGCUGGGUCCGGACGGUUACACGUAUAUCUUCCGCAAGUCGCACUUGACACAGAUAGACCAACGCGGCAAACUGGUGCGUACGCCAAAGAAAGUGAAAAUUACGGACAUCUACAAGAACGGCCCGCCGGAAGUAGAUGCAGUGGCGUUCCUGGAGGAACGGAAACAGACGUACAUGUUUUAUAACAACACAAUAUGGCGGUAUACAAACUUUGACCUGGACUUCGGUUACCCUAAAGCAUUCAAAGGCUUACCGGAAGUUCCCCGAUGCGCCACCUUCAUCCGGGACAAGUAUGGAAUCACACGACUCUUUCUGUUUGGGGUUGACCUUUUCUGGGAGUGGAGCACGGUAAAGGAUGUUGUCCGGGCGGGGUAUCCCCUCCAAAUUUCGGAGUAUUUCCAUGGACUACAUAAGUCACCAGAGGGUUCUUUACGGUGGAAAGAUGGCUACAUUUAUUUUUUCAAGAAAGACAAGGUGUUUAAGGUACAUCCGAACGAUUACAGUGUCCUAAACACAUAUCCGAAACCGAUGCCACCCGAAUGGAUGUUGGAUAUAUGUUAAAGUAAAUGUAGCGCUCAUUUCCUCUUCAAGUUGAACAAUGACAUUCUCCGUUUAAUGAAACUGUGCGCCUUAUGCAUCAAUUCUUGAGGUUCGACAAUCGAAAAACUAUUUUACACAAUCUUAGAUAUAAUGACAGUGGACUAUUUGUGUUGUGGAGAUCUCGGGAAUAUUGUUAAAAUAUAUUUUAAAUGGCGUACAUAUAUAUGUAGAGAUUAUUACGUUUGUAUUAUACACUUCUUUUAUAUUUUUUGUUUAUGUUUACCUUGUAUAAUUAUCAUACCAUAAACAUCCAUUCAUUUAAGAUUGUAUUUAUCCAUGCUUUAAUAGUUUACAACAUUUACCAUGAAUAUUCUUUUUUAAUAAAACGAGUGCCUCCUUUA